CAACUGAAGAGAAGUUGAAGAAUGCUUCUCGAAGGGCCAGCCCGAUGCUUAUCAGUAUUCCCCUCAUUUCGUUCUCAACUUCGUCUUCCCCUCACUACUUCCAAGACACGCUCAUCUUUCAUGAUUCCGAAUUGCAACAAUUUGUCUGGUAUUUCACAAGAUGUAAGUUAUAUACGUUGAAAAAAAACUUGAAGUGAAAUAAUAAAACCCAAUAAAUUUGACAUUUUUCAUUUGUAGGUCAUCCUCUAGAGGAUAUGUACCGUACAAAUAUUACGAUGAGGAAUGGCAUCUUUGGUGGCAUCUACAUCACCACAAGAAAUCCUUUUUCAAUAAUUUGAAAUGUCGUAAGGAGAAUAUUUUCUCGGCACCAAACCAUUUUGCCCUUGCACAUUGCGUAUCUAGGGACUUCAGAAUGUCACAGGGCAUAGCAGUACAUUUUAAGCGUAGAUUUGGACGAAUAGACCAACUUCUCCGACAAAAUCAGAAGUCAGGGGGGUUAGCCAGUCUGUUCGUGGAAGGUAGGUGGAUUUUUUAUUUAGUGACCAAGGACCACUAUUAUCAAAAGCCUAACAACAGGGUCAUUUUCAACAGUCUCCGCAGAUUACGAGAUUUCGUUGAUGAGAACGAAGUGAAUAAUUUGGCAAUUCCAAAAAUAGCGUGCGGUCGGGAUCACAAAAACUGGAAGCUCAUCAAACCUAUGAUAUGUUUUCUAUUUCGACAUAGCAGUUGCCAAUUGUAUAUUUAUGAUGUCGUAAGGGGAAUCUUUUCCCGGCACCAAACCAUUUUGCGCAUACGCACAUGCGUAUCUAGGGACUUCAGAAUGUCACAGGGCAUAGCAGUACAUUUUAAGCGUAGUUUUGGACGAAUAGAUCAACUUCUCCGACAAAAUCAGAAGUCAGGGGGGUUAGCCAAUCUGUUCGUGGAAGGUAGGUGGAUUUUUUAUUUGGUGACCAAGGAUCACUAUUAUCAAAAGCCUAACAACAGAGUCAUUUUCAACAAUCUCCGCAGAUUACGAGAUUUCGUCGAUGAGAACGAAGUAAAUAAUUUAACAAUUCCAAAAAUAGCGUGCGUGUGCGACCCAAAUGCGUCGUAA